AUUGACGGAAUCAAAGUUUUCAUUGAAACAUAAAAUGGAUUCAUGAAUGAAAUAUCAACCAGCAUUAUCUAACUUAGGAUGAGUUGUUGAAUUCAGUUUCUGAUUUGUGCAAUAUUGACAUGGAGGACAGAAUCGUGUCGCCUCAGCUUUACAAUUAUAUAUGUAAUAUUGUUGGAUCGAAGGAGGUUGUAAAGACAAGAAGAACAAUAUUUAUGGCGUCGGAUUGUGUUUUAGAGGAUACAAAACAAACGUUUAUAAGUAGUGGAAGUAGAGCAGAGGGACUAAAUAUAGAAGGCAGCGACUACGACUUGAUGAUUGUCGACAAAGACAUUGGUGUAUACGAGAGUUGGAUUUACAGAUCUAGAUGUACGUGGCCGGAUAAUGAAUUGACUCCAUCUAUUAUAAAAUACGGCGUUCUGUUUGUUCCUGUUGGUUUCAAGGGUUCCGUCAAUGACGAUCUUGAAUGGAGAAUAUCGUUUUCUGUCGCAGAAAGACAACUUAUAUAUUCCUUUUCGCAUACCCAACAGUACCAGAUUAUGUUAAGAUAUUUUUAUACAGUCAUGUAUUACUCGUCUGUUCAAGCUUGGGCACUAUUAGCAUCUCUGUUUUAUAAAUGUGGUCGAUACAGGGAAUGCAUUUAUAUACUACACUACAGAUAUUGA